UCCCACAACGGUCACACUACCACGAGACCAAACAAAAACAAACUCAUUUAAGUUAAUUAAUUUAAAUAAAUUUUAAAAUAUGGCUGUGCUACCACCAGAUCCUGUAUUCAGCCUGCGAUCUCCGGAUAUGGGAGCUGUGAAUUCGCUAUGUUUCCAGGAAAACGAACGACUGUUGGCGGGAACAGUUAAAGGCAGUGUUUUCCUUUGGGACUUACAGACCAACCGCUGCGCCCUGCACUUUGAGGUAGGAUCCGACCCAAUAACAAACCUACAUCACACUCCCGAUCGACUGGUGACCCAGGAGAAGGGCGGAACCAUCACAAUGUUCUCAAUCGGUGGCAGUAGCUACGUUAAGGAGCGCAGCAUUCCGGUCAACCAUAUGGGCUUCUGCCGAUCUGCCCUGCACACGGGCACUAGCAACACUAACGAACAGCUGCUGUUCUAUCCAUGCGAGGAAUCAUCCAUCGGAGUGCUACACGUGACAGAUGCGGCAGCUCCCACCCAAAUGCUGGUCCCAGAUGAUCCCCAACUCCCCAAAUUGGGCAGUGUCACCUGCUUUAAGCCUUUUGAGUGCGCUUCACAGUUAUUUCUGCUGGCUGGGUAUGAGAGUGGGCACUUCCUUACCUGGGACAUCAGUUCUGGCGUCAUAGUAGAUGUGCUUGAGCUAGCAGUAGAUGCCACGUCAGUGGACUAUGACCCAGUCACUAAUCGCGGCAUUGUGGGUAGUCCGACUGACAAACUAAUUAGUUUCAGUUACCAGCGUCCCUCGAUGCAAUUGCAGCGUGGCUCAGAAAUAUGCAUCAAGAAUCCGGGUGUGAACUGCGUUCGGAUUCGCUCCGAUCAGAAAGUGUUUGCCAGUGCCGGCUGGGACGGACGUAUUAGGAUCUUCUCCUGGAAGAGCCUUCGGCCCUUGGCCGUUCUAACGCAGCACAAGAACGGCGGCGUAAUGGACCUGGCCUAUUCCAGCCAACCGGUGGCCAUGUGGCAUGCUCCUAUCAUGGCGGCGGCAGGCAUGGACAGCCAGAUAUCAUUGUGGGACCUCUACAACUGAGCUAUCAUUUAGUCUUAAGUGUUACAAUGUCUGAUCCAAAUUCCCUAGACUGCAACGGUUCAGAAAUCCUCUUGAAAUAGCUUUACGUUUACAAGUAUUUUUGUAAUAACCUUUGGAUGUUUGCUUCGGUUCAGAAAUGGUUAAUGAAUUUGGUUACUGUUGAGGCCAAUUAAAAGUGUUGGCAACAUAUCUUCUUAGGUGCCUGCAGCUAUUUUGGUAAUAUUAAGUAAAUUGAAUUCAAUUUUGGUACCACUUGAAGGAAGAAUGGAUAUUUUUAUGAAGUAUAUCUUAUUAAAGGUUAUAUUAUAUUACUAA